UUACUGUCGCUAUUACAUUUGAUUUGACACAAGUUCUGAAUCUUUUGCAUGGUUGUGUCGUAUCGUAAAAAAUUCUUUUAGUCUACGUUGAUUCAAAAAUGAAUAUUCAUCUGUUUGGUCAUUUAAGUGCAGUGUUUUUAACUGUGCUAAACGUAAAAUGUUACUAUUACGAAGAACAAAAACCUAUUUAUUUAACCGCAUCAGUGGGUGAUUAUGUGAUUUUUAACUGCAACGUUGAUUUCCCACAAAGCAUUCCCAUCCCCUACAUGCUUAACUGGAGAAAAGAUGGGAAAACAAUUUUCUCUUGGUACAAUGGGGUGAUCACAUCGAUGGAUCCUUUCGUGGGUCGAAUAGACUUAAUACAUCAUUUAGACCAUAGUGAACGUCGAUACGGAAGAGGUUCUGUAAAUUUAACAUCAAUUCGAGAUUCAGAUGGUGGUUGGUACGAGUGUCAGGUUUUAUUUCCAAACAGGACCCCCAGUUCUCGGAACAAUGGUACUUGGUUCCACCUUACAGUCAAUGGUGGAAAUUUAUUAGCCAUCCCUCCAAUUAAUCAAACAACUCUGGAAGGUGACGAAGCCAAAUUCGUGUGUUUGACAAAAGAUCCCGAAUUGAAGGUUUUUUGGUACAAAGAUGGGAUUCCACUGAGGGAGUAUCAAGAUUUAAUGAAACGGUCCUAUGUUACGAAAGAAAAUACUCUCGUUAUUAGUCCGACUGACAUGGGGGAUUUAGGUGAAUACGAAUGCGAAGUAAGAGAUGUAGAUGGUGAAAAGCAAACGGCAAAAGCAUUUCUCAACGUACAAUAUAAAGCAAAAGUUAUUUUUGCCCCCCCUGAAAUCCACUUACCUUAUGGUCGUCCUGCGUUAAUAGACUGCCAUUUCAGAGCAAAUCCACCCUUGACUAACCUUCGUUGGGAAAAAGAUGGGUUUCUUUUCGACCCAUAUAACAUACAGGGUGUUUUUUACAGAAGAAAUGGUAGUUUGUAUUUUACCAAAGUUGAUGAAACGCACAGUGGGCGAUAUACCUGUACUCCUUUUAAUGAUCUAGGCACCCAAGGCCCAUCACCCCCAAUUCUUGUAACCGUCCAGCGCCCCCCUAUUUUUGUAACAACCCCUCAUAAUUUAUAUUUGAGGAAACUGGGGGAAACUAUUGAAAUGCCUUGUGAUGCCAGAGAUGGUGAAAAUGGGCACAAACCCAUAAUAGUUUGGUAUAAAAAAGAUGGUACUUCUCUUCCUGUGGGUCGAUAUUCAAUAAGGGAUGGGAAUUUGACGAUAAUUAAUAUCCAGGAAGAGGAUAGAGGCUUGUAUCAGUGCUCUGCGACCAAUAAAGCGGCUACGAUUACCGCAGAAACUGAACUCCUUGUAGAAAAUAUUCCCUCAAAUGCCCCGACAAAUUUAACAGCGAUUUCAUCGAGUUCUUCGGUGCAUCUAACUUGGGUUCCGGGAAGGCAAAAAUCGAAUGUUGAAUAUAGUGUUUGGUACAAGGCCGUGGAAGGGUCAGAAUGGAAAACACAUCAAGUUUUGUCAUCGAGAACUUUGGAGGCGACCAUUACUGGUCUAAAUCCUGGUAGAGAAUACGAGUUCAUGGUGUUAUGUAAAGACGACAAUGGCGAUGGCCUCUUCAGUAAAUCAAUUCGAGUUUGGACCAAAGGCUUGGAUGGAGAAACUGACAAAUUUCGAGGUAACUCUUUUCCUCCAGUGGGCUACCCGAGGAACAUUUCAAGUUAUCAAACAGAAAACGGUUUUGUGGUAACAUGGGAGCCUCCAGAAUACGGCAGGGAAAAUCUCAAAUUUUAUAUUGUGAGAUGGUUUCAAGGGCCUGAGGAUUAUCUCUUUGGCUCUGCAGAAACAACAAAUACAUCAUACUUGUUAACAAGUUUGUCCGAAGGUGUCGAAUAUAACAUUCAAGUUGUCGCUGUUUCCCUGGAUGAGCAACAAUCAGUCAGUGAAAGAAUUACACUGCUUGUACCCGGGUAUAAGAAAAUUCGGGCUGUUUCGACUGGGAUUAUUACUGGUUUUGCUUUCCUAGUUGUGGCAUUUGUUGGAGUCUAUUAUGCUCGGAAAAAAUGGUGUAGUUCCUAUCCAAAAAAUGUAAAAGGAAGUAAAUAAUGAUUGUUCUGUUCAUUGCAAUGUUAUAAUUUCAGUAAAAACUAAAAAAAUGCGCCAAAAGUAUUAUAAUUAUUAUUGGAACAUGGAAAUUAUUUAAUUAUUAAACGAAACAAUUAAAAUGUAAAAACAAAUAUUAUUUUUAUCCCUCAAAGUUGUGUUCUUGAGAAAGUAGGUAUAGCUUCUAUAUUAUUUUCAAUGUUUUUGUUUUUUAGAAUAAU